AUGAGUCAGUACACCGUUCAAGGUGCCCAGACGGGUCAGAUCAGCUGACCACACCACCUCGUGUCUCUUUGCCCUGCAUUCCCCAUCCGUUCUCCUCCUCAUCGGCCCGUACAACUAACUCCAACCACAAACCACCACUCGUCCACCCACUUUAUCUUACGCGACUCACCCAGACCCGGCCAUCACCAACCUCCUCUUCUCGCUCGGUGCGAUGCGUCAGUCUCUUUCCACCUCUUGCGCCCGCCCCCCACCCCUCCACCCCCAAACUAACCCGUGCAAGCCGUGCUCCUGCAUCCGUCUGUAUAUACAUGUGUGUGCAUUCUUACAGAGGUCGCUCGCAAGAUCGAUUUCGAGCAAAAGGACACGCUGCAACUCGUGCGCAUCGGCUACGUCGCUUCCCAGGUCAUCUGCCUCUUGGCCUAUUACUACACUUCGCUCGUGGUAAGUAUCUCCCUUGGAUUGGAAGAGAUGGACGGGAUGGAAGAGCUGGGAUCGGUAUCGGGUAGGGUAGGGUGUGCGAGAAAUGAUCGUCGUUGACUGCAGAGCGAGCACGCGAUAAGCGAGGAUGACGUGGCUAGGGGUGGGAAGGAAUACGGCCCUUAUGAGUCGGCUAGUGAAAGGAUUUCGAGGGUUAUGUUGGGGAAGAAGAAUGGAGGAGGGUGACAUCUUCUGCGCCUUGCAUGUUACUCCCGAGGUCGCGUGACCUCCUGCGCGGAUCAUCGGCCGACCAUACCCACCAGAAUCAAACUCAUCCGAGUCUACACAUGAACCCUGACACACCAAACCGAUCCGUCUCUCUCCCCCAGAUCAAGCGCAAGAACGACCUCAAGGUGUUGAAGUACGUCGAGCCCAAGGCGCCGAUGCAGCAAGAACCAGGAGCCCAAGUCACGACGACCAAUCGCGACUAUGACCUGUCCGAAGUGUCCAAGGCCGUGAGGAGUGUUUUGAUUGGGAUCGCUUUCGUGAGUCCUUGCACCAAAUCACGGUCGGCUGCGAAGGGUCGCGAAGACGUGGGGUGGAUAUGCUGAUUCUGAGGUCGGUCGUUUUGGGUUCGGGACUACUAGAUGGCCUUCAUGCACGGGUACCUCAAGUACACCCAACCGCUCUUCAUCCAAGGUAUCAUGGGCAUCAAAGGACUGUACGAAUCCAAGGUAAGCCCCAAUCAGAAGCCUCACACCUCACACCCACACCCCAAACCAAACUAAACACUUUCCAUCCUUUAGAUCCUGCAAUUGCACAUCCUCGGCCGCCCCGCCACCGGCGACCUCAAACGUCCUUUCGAACCCGCACCUUCGUUCUUGAGCCCCGCGGCGGCAAAGACCGAAGAGGCGCCUGCUCCGGCGACUUCGGCCGCGGCUGUGGAGGAUAAGAAGACCAAGUGA